GUUGCGCAGAGAAAUGCGCACUAGGACAUCUCUAAAUGCAAAUAGUAUGUUGUGAACGCCAUCUUGAAUCGUAUCUGGGAGAGUGGUAGGGUUAUCGUAGAGAUAUCAAUCCAACCGAGUGCCAUCGAAGGCACUCACACCUAUUGCUUGUAAUUGGUGGGCCUAAAGAUGGCUACGACCGAUGGUAAGCUGUCGACGACGGAGAGGGUUGUGAAAAGUGUGCCCUUUCCGCCCAGUCAUAGGCUUACAAUGAGUGAAGUGUUUGAUGCAAAAGGCAAACCAAAACCAGAUGUCCUGAAACAACAUUUCAUUCUGGAAGGAAGAGUGACUGAAGAUGUAGCUUUACGGAUUAUCAACGAAGGUGCUGCCUUGCUGAGGCAAGAAAAGACCAUGAUAGACAUAGAAGCUCCCGUCACAGUGUGCGGGGACAUACAUGGUCAAUUUUAUGACCUUAUGAAAUUAUUUGAAGUGGGUGGCCCACCAGCAACAACACGCUACCUCUUCCUAGGAGACUAUGUAGACAGAGGAUAUUUUAGCAUAGAGUGUGUAUUAUACCUGUGGGCUUUGAAAAUAUUGUAUCCAAACACAUUUUUCCUCUUACGAGGAAACCACGAAUGUAGGCAUCUAACAGAGUAUUUCACAUUUAAACAAGAAUGUAAAAUAAAGUACACAGAAAGGGUAUAUGAUGCCUGCAUGGAAUCCUUUGACUGUCUGCCACUAGCAGCUUUAAUGAAUCAGCAGUUUCUCUGUGUCCAUGGGGGGCUUUCACCAGAAAUUCACAAUUUGGAAGAUAUCCGAAAGCUGGACAGAUUCAAGGAGCCUCCAGCAUUCGGUCCCAUGUGUGAUAUAUUGUGGUCAGAUCCAUUGGAAGAUUUUGGAAAUGAAAAAACAACAGAACAUUUCACACAUAAUACAGUUAGGGGUUGCUCAUAUUUUUACAGCUAUGCAGCAUGUUGUGAUUUUUUGCAACAAAACAACUUGUUGUCAAUAAUCAGAGCACAUGAGGCACAGGACGCUGGGUACAGAAUGUAUAGGAAAAGUCAGACAACAGGUUUUCCAUCAUUAAUAACAAUAUUCUCAGCACCAAACUAUUUGGAUGUUUACAACAAUAAAGCUGCCAUACUGAAGUAUGAAAACAAUGUGAUGAACAUCAGACAGUUCAACUGCUCUCCGCACCCGUACUGGUUGCCAAACUUCAUGGAUGUGUUCACAUGGUCUCUUCCAUUUGUAGGGGAGAAAGUGACAGAAAUGCUUGUCAACAUCCUCAACAUAUGCUCAGAUGAUGAGCUUAUGACUGAAGGAGAUGAUUCCCUAGAAGUGCAGCGGAGUGUGGCAGCCAGGAAGGAGGUGAUCCGCAACAAAAUCAGGGCAAUUGGCAAAAUGGCCAGAGUCUUCACCGUUCUGAGAGAAGAGAGCGAAAGCGUGCUUCAACUCAAAGGUCUCACUCCAAAUGGAUUGUUACCUCUUGGUGCGUUGUCUGGAGGAAAGGAUACUCUCAAAAGUGCUUUGAGUGGUUUCUCUCCAACUCACAAGAUCAGCGGAUUCGAGGAGGCUAAAUGCUUAGACAAACUAAAUGAGAGGAUGCCACCUAGAAAGGAUGCAGUAAACCAGCAAAACAACAAAGAAAAGGCAUAAUAUGCUGGACUAUCCAGUGAAUCACCGGUCUAUUGCCCUUUCCUAUCGCAGGGGGGUGUCAAUCCAGUCACUCGUCGCAGGAAGCUGGCUUCCUAACAAAUCAAAUCUAUGGCUGUACACAUUUCAAACUGUAGAUAGACCUGUUACUUUUUGAUCUCAACCUAUGGCUGUAAGUUAUUGAUCCUAUCUGUAUGAGAGUUGACAAGUAUGUGUUCUUGUCCAUAUGAACACAUAUUACUGUUUUUAUUUUUGUUACUGUUUAAAAAAAAAAAGUCAUGUGUCUUUCUCCAAGAAAGUUGUCUCCUUGUUUUGUUGAUAUUGUUUACUUUCUUGACCCUCAAUUCUAGUCAAGUCCCAGACUUAAACACCUGACGACGAUGACGCCUGUCCAUCCCUCACCCUUGCCCUCCUAAGCCCAGCCACCCCUCCCUCUGUUAAGUUAGACAGCUUUCUGUCUAGCAGUGACUGGGAUUAAUGAAAACAAUGGCUGAAGCCAGCCAGCCAGCUGUCAUGACUGCUGCUUCUGAUCAGAAGGAAAGCAGACCUGAGAUGACGGCAAUCUCCACAUUGUGCAAGAGGCACUAACUUUUGUGACAAGGAAAUGUGUUCUUAUGAUUUCACAAAGUGAGGAUUGAACCUCCUACUCUUUAGACUUGAUCCUGAGUCAGUCUGUGUGAUGAAGCUGCCAGCCAGCCCGACGCCCUAUGGCAGAUGGCCUGUGUAGACCCUGGAUAUUUGUCAGUGCCACUAGUACUUAUACAUGAACACAUGCACAUAAUGUAUGUACUUACAUACAUGGAUGUGUGUGCUACAGUGAUCAGCAGGAAGUACACCAGCUUCAUUCCUUCAAGCUGGAUCAAGGUCAGCUUGAGCCAUGUUGACACCUUCUGCCAUAAGGAGCUAUUGGAUAUACCGGUUUGAUACUCGUCGAUCUACAGGAGUACAAUGUCUGUCAGUCAUCUGAGCAUCGUUUCCAGGGCACAUUGAUGACUGACAUAAAUGUGUUUACAAGACUCAUACUGAACACAAUGACUAUAUAUAAGGAGGAUUUUUGCUAUGUGAUGUAUUGAAUUAUUAUUGCACUUAGAUGGACAUUCUUAACACCUUGUUUCUACAACAGUUACCAGCAUCCUCAACACAAAAAAACCAGACUGAUAGAUCUGUUUGAAAAGAACAAAACUGUUUUGUUUGUGUUUGAUACCUAAUCAUAUCCCUACUCGUGAUUGCGUGGAGGGCGAAUCUGCUUCACCAGGAAUGUUGGCACUGUUUGUUGUUAUGUAAAUGAGGCUGGUAUUAACCUUCCAGUGGUGUACAUGUACAACUUUAUUAAUAUAUUUCCCAUUCCCAUCUUAAGAAGAAAUAUUUUCCUACCAUUACAAGACAAGUUUUCACAUAUCCCCUUGUUUUUGCUCACAUUCUCCCAAAUGUUACGUACAAAUUCCACAUGUUUGCUGAAAGUAUUUGAGGCCUUUUCUGUUAAUGCAUUGAAAACUAGUUUGUUGUUGCUAAGUACAGUAAUGAAGCACAACUCAAUAGUUGAUGUUUGUUUUCAUGUAUAUUCCCUUAGUAUUUUCACAGGAACAUUGCAUUUUGAACACUUUACUUAUUACAAAUGUACUAGUUGUUAAGAUGCAGAGCAAUCAUCUAUUGGUGUAGUGUUGAAAUCUGAAGCUAAAGAGCACAUAUUAUUGACACAGUGUGAGAACAUUGGUGCAACAUAAUAUUUAACGUUCCACCUUUAUUGUUGACCAGUGUGUCCUUCCUACCCAAUCCUUCACAAGUUAUCAUGCUCAGAUUUUACACAGGGAGGAGUUGACUUUUUAACUUUUUUUUUUUUUUUAUCUUCACAGUGCUUCUCCCUGUAGACAGAUGUUGAUACAGAAACUCACAGCUACCAUUAGAUUUGUGUGGUUGUGCUUUUAAACAUACAAGUUUAGAUGUUGCACUUUUAUCAAAGUUUUUCAUUGAAAUUACCCUUUACAAACUUUGAAUGUUCGUCAAAACUUUGAGACUGGUGUUUAUGUGCAUGACAAUAAAUCUCCAAUUCUUGCACCAUCGAGUACAAUGUGUCAUUUACCUCUUGGGUGUACAAUUCUUUUAUGUUCAAUUUCUGUUGAUUAUUUAAGUUACCACAGUGUUGACCCCUUAGCAAUCCUGUGGCUGCUAUUGAGGAAUGCUAAAGGGUGAAAUUGAGUAAAUUUAUCAUGUCUUCAUGCAUCUUCCAUUGGUCUUCAUGAAAUUGAGUUGAAAACUUUUAAUUCAAGGCAAUGAAUGGAUAUUUUGAGUAAAAAUGAAGUUAUUUUCAUUGAUCAUACAUUGAAAGACUGGACUGCUGGCUAAGUGUGUUCUCUACUCCACUAUUGCAUUGACAAUUCUUGCUGGGCUCAUGUCCACUCCAUGUCUUGUUGACUGAGCCAUUCAGGCCUCAGACCCACUGGACAUCGCACCCAUAUGAACACUAAGGCUUUGUGUACAAAUUCUGUAGUUGAAGCACCUUGUAAUUAUUGCCUUGUAUAGCCAUUUUUAUUAUUAUUAAUAUUAUUAUUAUUAACUUAUAUGUUUACAAACUUUGACCUUUUUCAUUAUUUUGUCAAUUGUCAGGACAUUGUUGUAAAUCAUGCAUGUAUUCAUAAUUGUAAAAUUUCUGUGUUGAAAUUUAAAUUAAAAAACAACAAAAUUCA